ACUACAGAUCUUGAAACUUCAAUCAUUGGUCCAUCAUCUCCACCACUAGAAAUAGAAAAUAAAUAAAUUACAAUAUUGAGAUAAACAGUUGCUAAGCAAUGGCCACAAUUGUGCAAAUUCCCGUUCAGCGCUUCAGUAGCAGAGCUCCAUCCUCUCCCUCCAAAAAUGGCGAAAUCAGCAGAUUUUUCAGCUCCGUUUCGAAUUCGAAGUCUGCUCGCAGCAGAUUGAAGGUGAGAGCGGUGAAGGAGAAGAUUGAGGAAAUCAAGACCUCUUCAUCUGCAGAUGAAAUCACCAAGAAAUAUGGGCUUGAAGUUGGUUUGUGGAAGAUAUUUUCGUCGAAAGAAGGAGGUGAGAAGAAAUCAAAAGGUGAUGAAGCAAAGGAGCUGUUGGCAAAAUAUGGAGGGGCAUAUUUGGCAACUUCGAUAACCCUUUCAUUGAUUUCAUUUGGGCUGUGUUAUGCGCUGAUCAAUGCUGGUGUGGAUGUAGCAGCGUUGCUGCAGAAGGUACUACUGGUAUUUGAAAACUUUGUGUGUGGCAUAUUUUUGUUUGUUUGUUUGAUUGUAGAGGCGUUGCAGGUGGGAAUCUCUGCGGAUGCGACAGGGGAGAAGGUGGGGACGUUUGCGUUGGCUUACGCGGCGCACAAGGCGGCGUCGCCGAUUAGAUUCCCGCCGACGGUGGCGCUGACGCCGGUUGUUGCCAGUUGGAUCAGCAAGAAAGUGGAUGGGGAGAAGUGAGAGGAUUGUGGGAUCACUUUGUUUCUUGUAAUUCAUCAAUCAAUCAAUAUUAGUAGUAGAAUAGAGAUAUACUAUUACUCAAAAUUGCAUACAUAUGGUGACUUUGUCA